AUGUUUAAGGUCCUUAACUGGAAUAUCAGGGGCAUAAAGUCCCAAGCAGCUACUGAGAGACUCAAAUUUUUUAUAAGACAGUUUAAAAUCUCGUUUGUAGCCCUUCAAGAGCCUUUUAGCAAAGAGGAAAAGAUCGACAAUUAUAGACAGAUUCUGGGUAUGCAGGAAUGCGCAGUAAACAGCAGUAAUAAAAUAUGGAUUUUCUGGAGUACUGACCUAAUUUGUGAUGUGUAUGCUAAUGAUGAACAGAUGCUCACUUGCAAGAUCCAUACCUCUAGUAAUAAUUCGUUCAUCUAUCUAUCGGUGGUUUAUGCUAAAACUAGAUCUCUGGCUAGAGAGCAGCUAUGGGAACACAUGAGAGUUCUUGCCUCUACUUUCAAUAAUCCUUGGAUGGUUUGUGGGGACUUUAACAGUAUUUUAGGCCCUGAAGAGAAACUUGGAGUGGAAAUGCCUUUACAUGGUGCAAUGAAAGGAAUGGAGGAUAUCAUCUGGAAAAGAUUAGACCGAAUGCUUGCUAAUGAUGAUAUGGGAUCUAUGUUCUCCUCCGUCUCUGUCCAUCAUCUUGCUAGGGAAGAUUUUCAAGACACCGUCAAAGAACAAUGGAAUCAGAAUAUCGAUGGUAACAUUUUUUGGUCAAUCCAACAGAAAAUGAAAAAAGUGAGUAAAGCCCUCAGUGAGUGGUCAAGAAACAAGAUUGGUGACAUAUUCAUUAAAGCUAACCAACUGGAGGAGCUUUUCAUUCAACAAGAGGAGAAAUACAUGAAUACUUUAGACCAAACUGACAGAAUGCUUUUAAAUAAGGCUAAGGCUGAUGUGGUUCUUCAUCAUAAAAAGGUGGAUUCUUAUUGGAGACAGAAAGCCCAUCUCGAGUGGCAAUUAGAGGGUGACGAAACUACUAAAUUCUUUCACUCGGUGGUAAGGGGAAGAAGGCACCAUAUGAGGAUCCAAAGAAUUAAAUAUGCCAACGAAUGGAUAGAAGAAGAAGAAGAUGAUAUUGCUAGAGCUGCUAUUAACUUCUACCAGAAUCUCUUUACCCAAAAUCACACUUAUAUUGAUCUCAGCAUCCUAGACUGCAUCCCUAACCUUGUCACCUGUGAUGACAACCAGAUACUCAAUGAGGAAAUCUCUAGCAAAGUGGUUAAAGAUGCCACUUUCGACAUAGAUCCUAAUAGCUCUGCCGGACCUGAUGGCUUUUCCAGUUUUUUUUUCCAGAAGUGUUGGAGUAUAGUUGAGCAUGACUUGGUCAGCAUGGUGAAGGCGGUGUACAAAGGCACCCCUAUGCCUAAGUACUUCACCAGCACAUGCCUUAUUCUAAUUCCCAAAUCCCAGCAUCCUCAGGAAUUCUCAGAGUUCAGGCCAAUUAGCCUCAGCAAUGUGACUCACAAGAUUGUUUCUAAAGUUCUCAAUAACAGGCUUUCCAAGAUUCUUCCUAAGAUUAUCUCCUCUAAUCAAAAGUGGCUUCAUGAAAGGAAGGGCUAUAGGUGA